UGCCAUAGUCCAUUUCGCGGAGAACUUCUGUGCCCAGCUGUUCCCUUUCAAUCUACUGUGAUCAGUCCACUCACGAAGAUGCGAGUCGCGGUGGUGGGCUCAGGCGUAUCCGGCAUCGCAGCUACUUGGUUGCUCAACGAAUAUUCCGAUCACGAAGUAAACGUGUAUGAGAAGAAUGACUAUCCUGGUGGACAUACACACACCGUCGAAUUCAGACGGAAGGGCAAGGAGAGUUGCAUGGUCGAUACCGGAUUCAUCGUCCUCAAUCCCGUCACAUACCCCAACUUUCUCCGAUUUCUCAAGUUGCUCAAGAUCCCGUUGCUCAAGACUGAGAUGACUUUCUCUGUGUCCCGGGACAGAGGUCGAUUUGAAUGGGCAGGGGAGGCGCAUGCGCUGUUCUGUCAAUGGACAAACCUAUUUAAUCCUCGUUUAUAUCGUAUGAUAUGGGACGUCUUGCGAUUCAACAUUUUCGCCAUUGAAAUCUUGAAUCAAAAGUCUGACAACGACAUGAGCAUAGGAGAAUACCUAGAUCGUGAAGGGUAUAGUAGUGCGUUUAAGGAGGAUUAUCUGAUGCCGAUGACAGCUGCGAUUUGGUCCACACCUGCCGAUCAAGCUGCUCUCGACUUUCCAGCAUCGACCCUGAUUCAGUUCAUGCACAAUCAUCACUUGUUACAGAUCACGGGGAAACCAAAAUGGCUGACUGUCAAAGGCGGAUCAAAAAAGUACAUCGAUGCGGUCCUCGGUGGACUGGCCCCGGAGAACCUGCACCUCAAUACUGAGAUAGUCAGCGUUAGAUCCGUCGACGAUGGUGUCGAAUUGACCGAAGCGUCUGGCUCGAAACACAUCUACGACCAUGUUAUCAUGGCCACGCACUCGGAUACGACCCUGGCGAUUCUUCGGAAAGGCGGCAAGUUGACAUCCGAGGAAAGUCGCGUGCUUGAACCUUGGCGAUGGAGCAAAAAUGAAGCUGUCCUUCACUAUGAUGAACGAUUCAUGCCGAUCCGAAAGAUUGCCUAUUCCGCUUGGAAUUAUUUGACCUUGUCAAAAGCUCACGAGGGUCCAAAACGAUCCAAAAAUUCCAAACGUUCCUCCUCCAACACCACUGCCUCUUCCUCAUCUUCCAUCGACACGGUCUCCCUCACAUACAGUAUGAACAUUCUUCAACAUCUCGAUGAAAAACGUCAUGGUCCAGUUCUCGUCACCCUGAACCCUCCUUUUGAGGUGGAUCCUUCCAAAGUCAUAGGCAGGUGGCAGUAUGAUCAUCCCAUGAUGACGCGUUCCUCGAUUGCCACUCAAACUCAGCUCAAAUCUAUUCAGAAUGUCCGCGGUAUAUCCUACGUGGGAGCAUGGACAAAGUAUGGCUUUCACGAAGAUGGGUUCACUUCGGCUAUGCGGUUACUCAACGAAGAGCCAUUCAAUGUACGGGCGCCAUUCGACGUAAGACCGGCUCAAAGGCCGAUUCCACAUGCGGGAAUCAUAUUGAGCAUUCUCCGAGUGAGUAUAGACAAGUUGGACCAGAUCAGAAGAGGUCUUUUGCCUCUUUGGGAAUGGAUCGCAUGGGUCAUGGUGAUCAUUUUACUAUGGCUGGAGCAAGCGGCGGCGGCAACCCGUUUCGGGGUCUUGGCGGGAUCUCUUAGACGUUUGCGAGAUUGUUGGACGAUCGACAGUGAGGCGGAAGAACCUAGAAAGAGCAAGUGAGGGGAGGCUGAGGAGGAUGAGGAGGAUGCGGGAUCGUCCGCAAGGGAGGCAGUUUUUCGCAAGGGCAUGCAUGCAAUCGGAUGCAGGGCGCG